CUCCUUUUAGUCUUACCCAAAAACAAAAGACUUUUUCUUCGUCUUGAUUUCUCAUGUGGUGCUGAGUUCUUGAAAAAAUGCCGGCUUUGGGCAACAUUUCUUUGUCGGAAUCUCUCGCUCUCCCUCGUUGCACUGCUCCGUUUCUAGCGAAUACGGAGUCGGCCGAUUCGAGCGGUUCGCUCGCGGAAUCUGCGAAAACCCUUGCCGGAGACCGCAAUUGGAAUCAAAUACCGAAGCUUCCGGUAGCGGAAAAUGGCGGAGAGGCAUGUAAUGUCACCGGAAUCAGUGUUUUCAGCCGGAGGAAGGGUCUGUCGGAUCGAGCCAAGAAAGGGUCGAGUUUGGAAGAGCAUGUGAGGGCUUGGGUCAGGAGGAAAGCGGAGGCGGGAGUUCCAGAGUCGAAAUGUUUCCUUCCAUUUCUUGUCGGAGCUAAAAAGAUGGCUGACUGUCUUGUUUGCCAUAAGCUCGUAUACCCGGGCGAAGAAUUGCUGUGUUCAGUUCGUGGUUGUCAAGGAGCCUAUCACCCAUCAUGUGCGAAGGAAAGUCUCGGGUUUUCCAACUUAGGGAAAUUCAGGUGCCCUCAACAUGAAUGUUUUGUCUGCAAACAGAGAACCCAAUGGCGAUGUGUAAGAUGCGCCAUAGCUGCCCAUGAUAAGCAUGCUCCGUGGUCAAAUGAAGUGUUCCAUCUUAAAAACCAACCGGGACGAGCAGUUUGUUGGAGGCAUCCUGCUGAUUGGCGGCUAGAUUUAAAGCAUGCAGUUGCACAGAGAGACAUGGAGGGGAUCUUUUGCCAAUUACCUCUGCCCUAUGUUGACGAGGAAUUCAAGAUUGACUUAACAUGGAAAGAUUCUGUCACCAAAGAUGAACCUCCUCCUUAUGUGCACAUUAGGCGCAAUAUUUACUUAGUCAAGAAGAAGCGAGACAAUGCCAAUGAUGGUGUUGGAUGCACAAACUGCGGUCCCGCUUGCUCUAGAAGCUGCGUUUGCAGAGUUCAAUGCAUAAGCUGCUCAAAGGUUUGUAGUUGUCCUGAGACCUGUGGCAACAGACCCUUCCGCAAGGACAAGAAGAUCAAAAUUGUUAAGACAGAAUUCUGCGGCUGGGGAGUAGAAGCAGCUGAAACUAUCAACAAGGAUGACUUCAUCAUCGAGUAUAUUGGUGAAGUAAUAAGUGAUGCUCAAUGUGAGCAAAGGCUGUGGGAUAUGAAGCACAAAGGCAUGAAGGACUUUUACAUGUGCGAAAUCCAAAAAGAUUUCACGAUAGAUGCAACGUUCAAGGGGAAUGCCUCCCGUUUUCUGAACCACAGUUGCGUACCCAACUGCGUUUUGGAGAAAUGGCAAGUCGAGGGCGAGAUCCGUGUGGGUGUUUUUGCUGCUCGGAAAAUAGAAGCAGGAGAGCCACUUACGUAUGACUACAGAUUUGUGCAGUUUGGGAGCGAAGUGAGGUGCCAGUGUGGAGCUAAGAACUGUCAAGGGUACCUGGGGACAAAGAGGAAAGAACCCAACUGCUUGGUUGUGUCAUGGGGAGCUAAACGCAGAAGGGUCUUCCACCGGUCUUUUGGCCACAAAUUGCGGCAAGACUAGCUUCGUCGUCAUCACACGGCCAACAUCAUUACCACAACAAAAAAAAACAACUGUAAGAUUUGCAUUUGGUUUCAUAUAUCUGUAACGUUGCAUACACCGAAAGAGAAGGCCCUUGUUGGUGUUCAUUUAAAGACUGGUUGAUCCUGUCCAGGAACGACUGUAACCGAGAAACCUGUGUUUUCUCUCUCUAUUUUGUGAGCUUUGAAAUCGAAACUUAUGAUUCUUCAUAGUGUUGUAAUCUUUCAUAAAUGAUCUUUGGUUUUGUUUGUUGAUUGCUUUGGUUGGAGAAGAAACUGUAUACGUGGAAUCUGAAGUUAGGUCUUUCUCAUCGUCUU